AUGGCACUUUUUUUUACCGAUUUACCAAACUUCAGCUUGAGGUUUUUAUCAAUGAUAUCAGGCACUUUAAUGAUAAUAGCCGGAAUAUUAAAUGUUUUUAAAUUAUUUCAGACUGUCGUAAAUAUAUAUGUCAUAUGUUCAGGAAUAUUACUAAUAUUAUGUGAUGUGAAAACAUUUCGAUUUUAUCGAUUUAUUGAAUUCUUAUUUACAGUAAUUGGAAGAAGUCUUUUUAUACUUAUUAUUGGAUCUAUUAUAAUUCAUAAAGGAAUUUUAAAUUUAUUUAUUGGAUUAGCACUUAUUUGUAUAUCACUUAUGUAUAUAACUCUGGGUUAUUACAAUGGAAUACCUCAACCUUUAAUGGAUAGGAAAAAAAAUCCGACCAAUUAUUAUGAUUCAAAAAAUAAUGGUAUGAGUACCUGUUCUAUGGACACAACAAAUGAAGUUUAA